GAAAAACCUCAACAGAACUGUAGCUAGCUCGGUCCCGUAGGAGUUGAGGGGGCGGCAAACAAAUGCGGAGGCACGAGCCGUGCUACCGAUGAAUAUGCAAGACGUAGAUAUCGGAAUUCAGGGACCGUGCCAGGAAGAUGACUCUAAAAAUUGGCUUUCGCGACCCAUUUUAGACGUCCUGCGAGAAUACGUGGUUCCGAACCUCUAUUGUGCGCCCGAUGGAAGCUCUACUGCUCAUGUCGGAGCCCCAGACGAGCUGCCGAAUCGGCUCGCUGACAACUCCCGGCGGGCUGCGACAGAGGAGGCAGCGGAAGCGCGGGAGCGUCGGGAGGCACUUGCGUCGCUGCCCUGUGUGUGCCGCGACUUUGCAGCGGCCUUCAACUCAGCCGAGCACGCGGCGGUCGAGGUCCGGCUUUGGGAUACCGCCCACAUCCAGUCCCUGCAGUGCCACCUAGCAGCCCUGGGCGAUGGCGGCAGCGGCGGCGGCGGCAGUAGCAGCGGCGGUGGCGGGGGUGGCGGCGGCGCCGCCGGUGGCAGGGACGGUCAGCCUGCGGCGGGCUGUUACGCCGCCAGCGGCGGCGCCGCCGCCGGCGGUACGGAUGGCGGCGGCAGCGUCGAGGGCGGAGGCAGGGAUGGCGACGGUGGCGGUGGUGGCGGUGGUGGCGGUGGCGGAGCUGAUGGUGGUGGUGGUGGUGGUGGUGGCAGUGGCGGGGGCCGCCUGCUCCGGCUGUCUCUUCUCAGCCCCCAGCAUGACCCAGGGGACUGCCCGGGGUGUAUGGACGCGGUUGGAGAGCUGCUGCUGGGCCACGCCGGCGGCGGCUGUAGCAGCAGCGGCCAGGGCGGAGGCGUAGGCGGAGGCUGUAGCACAGAGGGCGGCAGCGCGGGAGGCGGCGGUGAUGAUGGGCACGGCAGCGGGGGCGGCAGCGGCAGCGGCGGCGGCGGCGGCGGCGGCGGCGACGCGCAACCGGCGGCGGCUGAGGAGCGGGUGGUGUGGGCGUGUGGCCUACCCAGCAGCAUCCGGGUGCUGGAGGCGGAGGGCGUGUGUGCGGUGCCGGCGCUGCUGCUGGCGGCGGCGGCGGGGCUGCCGGCGCUGGAGGCGCUGUCGCUGUCGGGGCUGCCAGCGCUGUGGACCUACCAGGAGGGCGCGCUGCCCUGGCCUCCGCACGCGGACCAGCUGCUUUCGGUGUUGGUGUCGCCCGAGCAGCGCCGCGCGUUUGAAGAUGAUGAGCUGCAUGCGCUGUUGUACGGGGCCGCCGUGUACCGGCGCUUCCGGUCGUACUACAGCUCCUACGACGGCGCGCUGGCCGCGCUACUGGCGGCGCGGGGCGGGCGGCUGCGCGAGCUGGCUCUGGAGGCGCCGUCGCGCAGCUGCGGCCGCCGAGUGGUGGAGUGGCUAGUGGCUCAGCGCCCCGCCCACCUGACCUGCCUGCGCCUGCGCGGCUUCGGCCUCCGCCGUGAGCCGCACGUGGCGCCGCGCGUGCCCGUGGAGCGAGCGGGACUGCUGCUGGCGGCGCCACUGACCCAACUGGCGGCGGCGGCGCGGGAGGCGGCGCGGGAGGCGGCGGCGGCGGCGGCGGCGGCGGCCGCCGCUGACCCUGUUCCGCAGCAGCAGCAGCAGCAGCACGGUGGAGCAGCACCGCCGUACCAAGUGCAAGUACGACAGCUGCCGUACGCAAUUCAGCAGCAGCCGCAGCAGCCGCAGCGGCUGCCGUACGAGCUGACGCGGCUGGAUCUUGUGUCGUGCGGGGCGGAGCCGCUGGCGGCGGCGGUGCUCGAGGGGCUGAGCGGCCUGCGGUCGCUCAGCCUCCGCGACUCCACCUGUGUGUGGACCGACCACCCGCCCGACCUGCGCCGCCUGCCGCACCUGACCGCCCUGGACCUGAGGAGGUGCGACUGGCUGGAGGGAGGCGGCGGCGGCGGCGGCGGCGGCGGCGGCGGGCCGUGCAAUGGCGGGCUGCAUCUGCCGCCGGGGCUGCAGUCGCUGGACCUUGUGGGUGAGUGAGGCGCAGCAGCGGCAGGAGGAGGGGUUGUGUAGAUACCAGCCCAAAUCAAACAAAGCCGAACUAGGGGGCGCAGGCAGAGGCGACGGUUGCAAGGGGAUGUGGGAGGGGGGAGGUCAGGGGUGCGG